AUGACGGUCAAGAGAAGGAAUCAUGGAAGAAACAAGAAGAAUCGAGGACGUUGUACCUUUAUUCGCUGCACAAACUGUGGGCGCUGUUGUCCGAAAGAUAAAGCCAUCAAGAAAUUUGUUGUGAGAAAUAUCGUUGAGGCCGCUGCAGUACGUGAUAUCGGAGAGGCUUCAGCUUAUAUGCAAUAUGCUCUGCCAAAGCUCUACCAUAAGCUGCACUACUGCGUCGCCUGCGCUAUCCACAGUAAGGUGGUGCGUAACAGAUCGCGAGAUGCUCGUAAGGACCGCAAUCCUCCCCCUCGUUUCGGUCAACGUUCAGCCCAGGCCCGACCAGGAGUUCCUGGAGUACCUCGUGCAUGA